GAACUCACCUAGUCACCACAUUCAUCUGUAACUACAAGACCAAUUCUUGUGUCACUUUCACAAUUAUUUACAGAGGGAAAAAGUUCUGAGUGCUUGACACACAUUUCCAGCUCAGGUGUGUUAAACAGGAGGACCCUCUGCCCUCAGAAAUAUGUUUCAGCUCUUACAAGCCAAUGUUUGUCCAGCAGUCUAAUUACUACCAAUAAUUUUUACUCAAAUGUUUUAGUUUUGGUUUUUUUGUGUGUGUUGCUGUUGAUGAUUAUUAUGUCAUUAAUAGUGUUGCUGGCCCAAGUAGCCCCAGUGGUGCUGAAGAACUAUAAUCUAGUAUUUCUAAGCAUAAGAAAGUUGUGAUAUACUUUAGAGGAUAUGUAUGUGUUAGAUACUCGGCCUCCUUUUUUUGCUUCUGUUUUUUGAAACAGGGUUUCUCUGUGUAGCCCUAACUAUAGACCAGACUGGUCUCACACUCAGAGAUCUGCCUGCCUCUGCCUUCCAGGAUUAAAGGUGUGUACCACCAUACUCAGCUUUGUUAGCUAACCUUGAUUCAGACAGUUAUAUUAUGCAGCUUCAGUAUUUGUUAAGUCAAUGUUUAUGAUGACUUUGUAAACCUUCAACUAAAUGGGAAGAGUGAGAAUUAACUUCUAUAAAUAAGAUUAAUAGUAGAAUCUCCUCAUAGGGCUGUGGUGGGAUUCAAUGAAAUCAUGUUUGUGAAGUACUAAGCUUAGUGUCUGGCACACAGUAGGUGCUCAAUAAAUACUGUUAGUAUUGUUAAUGUGGAUAAAUAAAAAUAACCAAGUGAUUCCCCCCCUACCCCCACCAGAGUUCAUUUCCCCAAAGGACCAAGCUGUGGUUGUCUGGCUCUCAGGCUAGACUCCACGAAGAGGAUUGUGAGGAAGUCUGAUCUAUGUCUGGGUGGAGGCUGGGCCAAACCUGUAACAAAGAGGACCACCCUUAGGCGGGCUCCUUAUGUCAUAGAGAUCUCAGUUGUCCUGGCCAGCAGAACCCCUCAGAAGCUCUUUGCAGUCAUGGGGCCCCCUCAGCUUGUCCGUGCCCCUCGGCCUCGGGGCAUGAGUUCUCCCUACCCAAGGCCAGGUAUAGGUGGGCCCCGGAGCCGGUGUCCCAGGAUGUUCAAGUGUAGCCGCAGAACAUACCGGCAGAAACCCCAAGCCCCAGCUGCCACCAACCUUGCCACUAUGACAACAAACAUCAGUGACACCAACAAUACUACCACCAGUGUGUGGAUCCUCUCACCACAAGGUUAGUGGGGGAGUGUGGGGUGGGGAAUCUGUGACUCGAGGUGGGGGUUUGAAAAGUAAAAGUGUUCUCCUGUUCUGCUUAUGUGCUCUAAGGGACAGUUUGUGGAAUUCCAUCCCAAGGCUAUGGCGGGGUCUUGAAGGCACAGAUCACCAAAUGCUGAGAGCCUUAAUGAAAAAUGGCAAGACUGAAGUGGAGGACUUGAGGGCGAUGGAUGAGCUGUGGGGUGUUCACACAUGCCUAUUGUCUUUGUGUGCGUGCAUGUACACAUGCAUACAUGUGUGUAUGCAUGCAGUGUAGGCCAAAGGACAACCUUGGAUGUCAUGCACCUUUUCUGGAGACAGGGCUUCUCACCAGCCUGGAAUUUGUCAAGUAGGCUAGGCCGGCUGACCAUCCGACAGGAGGCAUCCAUGUGUCUCUCUGCCUCCCCAGUGCUGGGAUUAUCAGCAUGUACCACCACUUGAAGCCUUUUGACCUGAAUUCUGGGAUCGACCUCAGGAGCUAAUAGGACCAGGGCUUCACUGAGUUGUCUCCCCCAGCCCCUAGCCUCCACAAAUACUUCUUUUUUUUUUUUUAAUCUUCCCUCUCUUUUCUCUCUCCAGUUCUCAGACACCUCUGUCAACCUGGGGGCUUUCUGAUCCUCUAGAAAUGCCCAGAAGCUUGUCUUGCACUGGACCUGCUCCUCCAGAGGGCAGUCAGCGGUGAACAACAAAUACAAUCAUUCUGCUUAAGCUGUCUUACCCCACUCUGAAGUGUUCCAACCAUGCAGGACAUGAGGAUAGGGUCGGGGCUGGAUAUUCUUAGGGAUGAACUUUAGGGACAGCACCCGUGAACCACAGUUAGACAGUGGGAGGACAGGACAAGGUCAGCCAGACAAACCCAUCUUUGUUCUGAGCAUUUUGAUCUGCCCUGUGAGGUAAGGGGCUCUCCUGCCUCACACUCCCAUGGGCACAAGGCAUCUUGGAAAGAACAAGCAAGCACAGAUAAGAGAGAGACCGGAUGAAAAGACAGAACCCCACAAGUGCUCUAGUAUGAGGAGUCUUCUGGGAUUGAACUCAGGAUGCCAGGCUUCACAGCAAGUGUCUUUACCAGCUAGAUUAUCUCACUAGCCCUCAUAUCAUGCUGCUGCUGCUGCUGCUGAUGCUGAUGAUGCUGAUGAUGUUUUUGAGACAGGGUUUCUCUGUGUAGCCCUAGCUGUCCUGGAACUCACUCUGUAGACCAGGCUGGUCUCCAACUCACAGAGAUCCGCCUGCCUCUGCCUCCUGAGUGCUGGGAUUAAAGGCAUGCGCCACCACUGCCCACCUGGAAGCCAUGAUCUCUAAGGAAAAAAAUUGUUUUUGAGACAGGAUCUCUCUAUAUAUAUAGCCC